AUGGCCCAGGGCUUCUGGCAGCUCUACAAGGCCAAAGUGCUGCAGACCCUGGGGGAGCCUCGGGCAGACGGGGCGCUGCAGGAGGAGGGGGACCAGCCUGAGCUGAUGGAGAUGGCUGAGCCGCCCGUGCUGAUGGAGGAGGGCCCCAGCCCCGUGUCCCAGCUAGCGAGGAAGGUGCAGGGGGUGGGUGCCCGGGGCUGGAGGACACUUUCAUCCCUCUUCACCCGCGAGGAUGAGCAGCAACUGCUCAGCCCCGAGCUCUGCGCAGACCACCCGUUGGCCGCCUCGCCCCCGGAGCCGCCUCCCUCCGAGAAGGCCUCCAGCUUUUGGGAUCUCUUUGCUACCAAGUGGCAACAGGCACCGGGGCUGGACAAGGAGCUGUCCCCCCCGGAGCUGGGCGAGAGCCCCGCGGAGCCAUCCGGUGACGAUGGCAGCGACCUGCGGGAGCCGGAGGAAGGAACCUUCCGCUGGGGCUUCCUGGCCGGCAAACUGGCCGAGAUCCGGAAUAAAACCGCUCCCAGGGGCAAGUAG